UCUAGGGUACGCGGUGGGUCACUUUGGAGUCCCGGUUGGCACCAUGAAGGCGUGUGGCAACGUGGCCAGCUGCUGGCUGAGGUAUAAAGGACCUUUCCGCUGCCAUCGCUAAACCAUAUUCUUCACACGCCUCAACUAAGACGGAACAGAGAUGAUUCGCUGCCUGGCACUACUCUCGACCCUGGGCCUGGUGCUCGGGGUGCCCGACUAUGGCUACGGCCCGGUCAUCGCCCCCAGCUACGGCGCACCCAUCGCCCCCAUCGCCCGCGGCUACGGCCCGCCAGCACCCGCCCAAUGCUACCCAAAGACUAAGAUCGUCACUCAGUAUCAGACGAAGCUGCAGCAGGUGCCAGUGUACCAGACGGUGUACAAGACGCAGCUGGUGCCCACGACGCUCUACAACACAGUCCAGAUCACGCGAGUCCUCACCCAGAUCCAGCCCCAGCUCGUGCCCCAGUACAUCACCACCACCUUCGUGCAGAGGCAGGUGCUCACCGAGACCAAGGUCGUGCCGGACAUCAGGACCCAGUACGUCACCGAGUAUGCCACCGACACUGUCUACAGCAGCAUCUACCUCACCGAUACCUCCUACGUCACCCAGGAAGUCACCAGGACCCAAGUUCGCUACGAGACACAGGUCAAGUACACCCCCCAGUACGUCACCAAGACCGAGCAGGUUACCAAGGUCCAGUACAACACCCAGUUGGUCCCCCAGUACACCACGGUGGUCAAGCGGGAGUACGUCACCCACUGCCCCAGGCCCACGUACGGCCCCCCUGAGCCCGCCUAUGGCCCCCCUGAGCCCGCCUAUGGCACCCCUGCGCCUAGCUAUGGCACCCCUGAGCUUAACUAUGGCACCCCUGAGCCUAGCUACGGCCCCCCUCAGGAUACGUAUGGUCUUCCCGAUGACUCCCUCGAGUACUAACUUUCACGCCAUCCCACCAGACGCCCGUAGCGACCAAUGGGUUCUAAAGAAGGAUCUAAACAUCCUCCUUAAAAAUCACGAUCGCAGCGAAAGUACACGAGGAGGCGACCACGGCUAACUUUGAUAUUUAUUUAUUGUCUCUCAUGUAUAUCAAGAUCAUGGUGUCUUCUUUAUGACAUGAGUGAUAAGCUGUAAGAUUUAUACUUUAUCUACAGUGCUAAUAGUGCCAGGUAUGUGAGUGUGUGUGUGUGUGUGUGUGUGUGUGUGUGUGUGUGUGUGUGUGUGUGUGUGUGUGUGUGUGUGUGUGUGUGUGUGUGUAAAUGUAAUCGAUUUCGAAGACGAUACGAAUUUUACCUUCUAACGCAGCCAAACAAAACGUCUCUCUUUGUCUUUGCAAGCUUUUCUCCUCUUUAGUGUCGCAAGUACAAAGUUUUCUUCUCCCACUUGCCGUCAAACCAUGCAGGAUAAUUUAUACUGUCUUCCUGGACCAAAAUCCCACAUAGUAACACGGGUCUUCCAGGGGAUCAACUCGAGGGUAGCGUUGUUAUAUUUUUCUUUUUUACCAUCGUACCAAAUUUUCCUGUUUGUUGAUUGUUGGAGUCCCACACUUUUGGACUUUUGCGUUUUUAGGAUUAGUAGCUUGACAUUAAGUAGCCCUCGUUUCGAUCUUUAGGGAGUAUUCUGUACUCUUAUACUUACUAAUGUCUGUUGUUGUAUAUUAUUUCAAGUGUUUUUAUUUGUUCGCAUCCCACUAAUAAAGAUAAACUACAUUUUA